UAUGCGCCUUCCUGGUCACCAUACAGCGACUUCCCCCAAGCCAUGGUUUUAUCACUCAACUAGUUCGACUGGCAGUUCCGAGCUGGGACGGUGGUGUAUUUCUUAUUUAGCGGAAGACGUAGUUGGUUGAACUUUUCAUGUGCCUGGCAUAGUCGCAUUGGAACAUUCAACCAACUGGUCUACAGCGCCAACACUUAUCUCUAUUUCAACUGUUUAACAUUGGCCCAAACAUACAGACAUAACUGACCAUUUUUCAGACAGUUAGGCAAGAUGUUCAGCAAGCAGCUUCUUACUGCCGCUACGGCGCUCAGCAUGGCGUCUGGUGUGUUCGGUGUUGGAUGCAACGAUGCGACCGCUACUAUUAAGUCCGCGGCCGAUGCCACCCAGGUCGCUAGCUGCGACUCCAUCAAGGGUAGCGUCUUAAUCGACACCACCGCCGGCCCUGACAUCGACCUCAGUGGAAGUCUCGAGUCGAUUGGUGGUGAUCUGACAGCUGAGAACAACGGUCUUCUUAACAGCUUGAAGAGUUCCUCUUUGACCACCAUUGGCGGUGCUUUCGCUCUGAAGAACGUCACCAAGCUCUCUACGCUUAGCUUCCCCGUUCUCGGCGAGGUUGGCUCCAUUGACUGGGCCACCUUGAACGCUCUUCCCGAGCCCACUUUCGGAAACCCCGGUAUCACCAAGGCGAAGAGUGUUACUAUCGCCGAUACCUUCAUCGAGAGCAUCGACGGCAUCAACGUUGAGUCUCUUACUGACAUGAACAUCAACAACAACCGACGAUUGACCAAGUUCUCCACCAGCAUCAAGAGCUUGUCCAACACUCUGUAUGUGCAAGCUAACGGUCUCAACCUUAGCAUGGAGAUGCCUAACUUGGAGUGGAUUGCGAACAUGACCAUCGCCAACGUCACCUCCUUCUCGGUUCCCUCCCUGCACACCGUUAACGGCUCCAUGCGUUUCGACUCCAACUACUUCACCGACUUCAUUGCCGCCAACUUGACUCAAAUCCAAACCGGUGACUUGUCCUUCGUUAGCAACCCCCAGGUCACUAACAUCUCGAUCCCCAAGCUCGAGAGCAUUGGUGGUGGCUUCACUAUUGCCAACAACACCGGUCUUGAGAAGCUUGACGGUUUUGGUUCCCUCAACGAGAUCGGCGGUGCCGUCAAGGUCCGAGGUUCCUUCACCGAUGUCCAGCUCCCCAGCCUGAAGGACGUCAAGGGUGCUUUCGAGGUUGUCAGCACUGAGGAUAUCUCCAGCUCUUGCACUUCCCUCGGCAGCUACAAGGGUGGUGUCGUCCAGGGCGACUACGACUGCAGAGGCAAGGAUGCUAACGCCAAUGACGACACCUCUGACGCUUCCAGCGAUGGCUCGAGCACCAACGGCACCAGCGACAAGAAGAACGCUGCCCCCGGCUCUGGCACCAGCAUGCCUGCGCUUUACACCUUGGUUGCCCUCGGCUCCUUCGUUGCCGCUCUCUUGUAAUAAGUUGUGACUUUUAGGUGUUGGAGCAUGGUGGAAGAAUAUGAUGGGAGAAGAUGGUGGCGUUUCUCGACAUUCCCUUUUCCAGUGUCAUAAAACCUGUUGUCAUUUCAUUGGUCGCGGUUUGCGACUAGGGCUACGUAUAAGGAACCGCUAGACUUAAUACUGAUGCAUGUGCUACUCGGAACAUGGCUUUCAAACUUCUAGUGUGAUUCUGUUGAUAGGCGUCUAGGUAAUCGGUCAAUUUGUACUACUUUGCUGUCCUGUAUAAUUACGAGACUUGAUAAGAGUCUUCAUAGUGCAGAGGAUACUAAUUGGAAGUGACCAUGAUCUGGCAACAAUCCUUGUAGAGGUGUUAUAGUAUAACUUGCUUCUGAGCCUAAGCCCCAUCUACCUAGGUGAACGUUGUAGUCACAAGUGCUUUAUGGCUUUCUUGACAAGUCGGUAAGUGAACAUACAACAUUAUCGUAACUUUAGCCUUGGGUGGC